UAGUAUGGGGACACAUUGUCGUGGAGCUGGAUCUGAUACAUUGUAUUGAUCACACUGUCGGUAAACACAACUCGCUUUGAUAAAGAAGAGGCAGGAUUUCAGCCCACCGCCUGCGCAUCAGGACGGGCUAGAGGCCAUGUCUACAGUGGUGGAUCUCAAGACAAAGGAGGAGAAGGAUGCAGAGCUUGACAGACGGAUCGAGGCUCUGCGCAAGAAGAAUGAAGCUCUGGUCCGGAGGUACCAGGAAAUAGAAGAGGACAAAAAGAAGGCGGAGCAAGAGGGGAUUGCCGUGAAGACGCACCCACCCAGGAAGGGCCGCCCUCACGAUGGCCCGCCAGAGGGAGACAGAUGGAGGACAGAGAAAGAGAACUUCACUGUCACCGUAGACCUCUCCAAACCUGCAGGGGAGAAACGGGUGAUCAAUGACUGGAAACAAGGGCCACCUCGAGGCAGGCGGGACUCUGAAGAGGGAGACGGCCCCAGAGCCCAAGGUGAAAGCCCUCCGCGGAGGGCCGCGUCCGGGCGGCUCAGCAGGGGUGGACAGAGAGGGGGAGGACCACGGCAGGAGAGGAGAGAGCAACGCCCUGACAGACCCCUAGCAGACCCACGCCAGGCCCAUGACAGACCACCACGAGAGGACAGGGGUCCACCACGAGAGGACAGGGGUCCACCACGAGAGGACAGGGGUCCACCACGAGAGGACAGGGGUCCACCACGAGAGGACAGGGGUCCACCACGAGAGGACAGGGGUCCACCACGAGAGGAGAGGGGUCAGGUCAUGGAGGGGCCAGGAGAGGGGCCCGGCCGCAGUGAACGUGCUCCACGCGGAGGACGGAGAGGAAGAGGAGGCCGAGGAGGACGAGAAAGAGAAGGAGGAGGACCACAGGGUGGUGACAGGAAGUCUAAGGAGUGGGAGGAGAAAAGGAGGCAGAACAUUGAGAAGAUGAACGAGGAGAUGGAGAAGAUUGCAGAGUUUGAAAGAGGACAAAGGCCUGCCGAGGGAGACAAGCCCAUCCGUAACUUCCUGGAUGACCCACGGCGCUCCGGCCCAGUCCCGGACAUGGACCGCAAGGAGGGCAGCCGCCGACAUGUCCGAAACUGGGGCGGAGUAGACUUUGACAAUGUGAAGACGGGAUCUGAGCUGGAGAAGGAGUGGACAAGUCGGAGACCAGGAGGCCCUAAGGGCUCCAUGGAUAUGACCAUGUCUAUGACGGGGCGGGAGCGGGCCGAGUACCUCCGCUGGAAGAAGGAGCGUGAGGAGAUUGACGAGGAGCGUCUGGCCAGGCACAGGAACGCCACAGGCCAGUGGAGACGGGAAUGGGACGCCCAGAAGACUGACGGCUUGUUUAAGGAGGACCCAGCUGUGGCUGCAGAGGCCAUGCUGCCAGACCAGGGAGGCAGAAGGAGAGCCAGGGGGCGUGGCUCCCGCACGCAGCCUCACGGCGGGGCCUCAGACGAGGUGAAGGCGCCUCCCAAGGCUCCCACGUUCGGAGACUUCCUGGGGCAGGGUAGAGGACCCAGGGAGGGGGGCCGUGGAGAGCGGGGUAGGGGACGAGGACAGAGACAGAGCUACAGCAUGCACGAUAACCGCUGGGAGGCGGAGAAGGAGGAGGACGGGGAGAAGGAGAAGGACGAGGAGAAAGAGAAGGAAGACAAACCCAAGAAGGAGGAGAAGACUCAGAAGGAGGAAGCGAAGCCCAAAGCUCCCUCAUCAAAAAAGAUGGAGGAGAAGAGUGGUGACGCAGAAGAGGAUGAGGAUGAGUGGGAGGAUGCCAGCGACGAAGAGGACGAUGAUAUGGACGGGGUUGAUGACUCGGAGGGAGACGAUGAGGGGGAUGAGGAAGGGGAAGACGGACAGUCCCCGACGAAGGGACCUCGCCCAGAAACUACAGCAGGGAAGUCCGCCGCCACCUCAUCUCCUCCCUCCACUCCCCCCUCCACAGCCAGUCCUAAAGAGCAGCGCACCCCGAGGCCCAAGGUCUAUAUCCCCUCCCAACAGGAGGCUCAGGACUCCCCCGCUGGCCCCAAGCCCCUCAGCCCCUUCUCUCCCCUGGACGGCCACCAGCCGGUCACAGACUGGGGGGAGGAGAUGGAGAUGCAGUCCCCCCGGAUCAGUAUGGMGGAGAACCACCUGAAACCGCCUAGCACUGAGGGAAGCCCUGCCCAGGUUAAGGUCCAAGAAGACAACCGCAACUCCAGCCCCAGCCCAACCCCCAGUCCCAGCAAGCCAGCAGAGCCAGAGAAGGAGAGGGACACACGGACAGUUGUGGUCACUGCUGCUCCACCGGAGGAAACUCUGAUCCAGGAAAAAACUCCUGUAUCAUCAUCAUCAUCAUUAGAACUUGUCUCUACCUCCACUGACCUCCCAGAGAAAGAGGAGACCACCACCACUCCACCAGCCCAGGAGACACCUGCUACCCCCACUGACCUCCCAGAGAAAGAGGCGAGACCACCACCCACUCCACCAUCCCAGAGACACCUGCUACCCCCACUGACCUCCCAGAGAAAGAGGAGACCACCACCACUCCACCAGCCCAGGAGACACCUGCCUACCCCCACUGACCUCCCAGAGAAAGAGGAGACCACCACCACUCCACCAAGCCCAGGAACACCUGCUAACACCCACUGACCUCCAGAGAAAGAGGAGACCACCACCACUCCACCAGCCCAGGAGACACCUGCUACACCCACUUGACCUUCAGAGAAAGAGGAACCCCCUACCACUCCACCAGCCCAGGAGACACCUGCUACACCCACUGACCUUCCAGAGAAAGAGGAGACCACCACCACUCCACCAGCCCAGGAGACACCUGCUACCCCCACAGAGGAUGAGGAGGAGACCCCUGCCGCCACUCUUGCCCCUGUCCUGGAGAAUGACCAGAGCCUGUCUGAGCUGGCCACUGCCCCAGAGAUGGCCCCAGACACCUCGGAACAGUCAUCUUCAGGCUGAGAGCUGCUCUGGGAAACUGACUUUUCAGUGCUAGUGGUUCACAGAUGAUGGUAGGAUGAGGAAAGAGGAGGGGAGAAAAUAAUUACAAGAAGAAAGGAAACCGGGCCUCGCGCACCAUGACCGGAGCUGCCAUCACAGACAUCCUGGAGGGACGUGGCCAGGCACCUGGCCUCCAAACAUCUCCCUCUCCUCAAUAAUCAGACCACGUAUGUUCUGUACUGUUUGACUAGGAGCUGCAAAUUGCAUAGAAUAGUGAUACUGCCAUUCAUCUGAGCCACUAUGGUAAAUGGCUUAGGUUUUAUAGCAGCCAAUUAGGAUGUUACUGUGAUGUCAAGUCAACAAAGCCCCAACUUGUUUUUACCUUUUGAUAUAUGUGUAUGAUUUAACAAAUCAAACUAUUACAAUUAGCGAAGACUGACAAAUAUGAAAUUCUCUCACCUCAAUUGUUCAACCUUAGCAUUUUUUUUAAAACUCCACCUCUUUUGGAAGGUCAAAGAGACUGUUAUGCCUCUUCAACAUGGCAAAAAAAUUACAUAUUUGGAAUGCUAACAGUUGAAAGAGCAUUCUCCUCCCUGAAUAUAGACAGCUUAUUGACUACAGUUUAUCCACACUUGUUUUAAUAGCCCUUACUUUAAAGAUUCCCAAGACCCCCCCCUAACCCACCCAAUAAUGUCCUCACCUGUUUGCCUGUUAAAGCUGAAUUAAUGUUUGAAUGUUAUUGGACACUAAGUUUGUGUCCCAAAUAUCACUCUAUAUCUAUAUAGUGCCCUACCUUUGAGUCCUAUGGGCCAUGGUCAAUAGUAGUGCGUUAUAGAGGCAAUAGGGUGCCAUUUGCGACACAAACCCUCUCUUUGUGGAGUUUGUAUGGGUAGGGUUUGGUCCCCUUUAUCCUUAACUCAAUACUUUUUWGUUGUAUUUUGUCAUGAAACAAAUCAUGUGAACAAAUUUAAGCCAUGGCAUUGAAAAUGUACAUUCUGUUUCCUAAUAAUCAUGUAACAAAGUUGGUUUAGAUUUGGGACCCCAAGAGGAGUAUAGUUAAAAUGAUAUUAGUUUAUUUCUAAGUGAGAUACACUGUACUUAACCAAGCACAGGCAUAAAGUGACCCUGACAAUGUUUGUUAAUAACCAUCCAAAGCUUUCCUUUCGUUUCUCAUUUGCGAUAGAUCGCUAGUGGCCUUUCUAGUUUUAAUCAAGGGGCAUCAGAACAUGUACCUCAACAGACCAAGAUUUUAUUUAGAUUUUUAAGUCUCGUUGGCUUUUUUAGCCUACUCUUGGUCAUGAACUCAAUCUGGCUCACCUAUAAUGAACACGAGCACAGAUAUUAAACUAUGCUUUAAUUGUAUUUCUUAAAAAGGAAUGAAGAGUUGAAAUGAAUUGAAUGGAUCAAGAACUCAAGGAAAUGCAAUAUGUAGUUUAGUAUUUUCAAUUCCAACUAAACAUUCCAAUGUUUUGUGUGGGAAAAAAGGCAUCUAUUUUUGUUCUUUGUGAUUUUCAUUUGGAUAUCCUCAUUCUUUUCCGUUUCUGAUGACUUAGUGAUUGUAUUAUAAGCAUCAAAUUUUCCUGCACUUCUAUAAUAUCUGUGUUUGAAUAUAAAACUGCAUUAUUUGGGUUUGUUUUUGGAGUGGAGUGUAACUGGCCUAUCUAAACUAGCAUGAUCUGAAAUUCAAGACUUGUUUAUCUGUUGACUACCAUGAAUUAGUUUUUAUCCCAAGAUAUUGACACUUUAAUCAAUCAAGCAGAAGAUUACAUUUGAUAGCUUUUUCUUUAAGUAUUAAUUUGUGAUUUGGCAGUAAACUCAUUGGUUCAUGCGCAACUGUCAAAUGUACAACAUGAAAUGUAUUCUGUUUAUUUUGCUUCUUAGUUUUCAUAUCAAAUAAAUGUAUGGUGGUCAGGUC